AAAUAAACGAUUUGGAUGGUGUCCUACAGGGAGCCCGAGUCCUCUAUCGGCCUCAAACAUUGCAGGGGAAGGUACCAAACAGCAAUAAUAUCAAGAGGUGCACAAUACCUAUCAACUGCCAAUACACUUGAUCUGAUUCUCCUUUAUGUGCUUAUGUGCAUCAAAGCCUUUUUACGCGGGCUCCACACAAGUAACUAUAGUCGCUGCCCUAGAUACCGGCUUCUUUUCUCUCUUCAAUCGCACUCUAUUUCUCUCUCCACUAUGCGAGGCUCAGCUGACGGCGUUGCCGGCGACCGCACCGGCACCAGCAAUGGCGGCAACGCCGUUGAUAAGGACGUCGAUUUCGCCAACUACUUCUGCACCUACGCCUUCCUCUUCCACCAGAAGGAGAUGCUCAGCGAUAGAGUCCGCAUGGACGCUUACUUCAACGCCGUUUUUGAGAACAAACAUCACUUCGUUGGCAAGACUGUGUUGGAUGUAGGAACUGGGAGUGGCAUUCUUGCAAUCUGGGCUGGGCAAGCAGGUGCGAGAAAGGUCUAUGCAGUGGAAGCAACGAAGAUGUCUGAACAUGCCCGCGAACUUGUGAAAGCCAAUAACCUUCAAGAUGUAGUUGAAGUGAUUGAGGGCUCAAUUGAAGACAUUACUUUGCCAGAGAAAGUUGAUGUAAUUAUCUCCGAGUGGAUGGGAUAUUUUCUUCUGCGUGAGUCUAUGUUUGAUUCUGUGAUUUGUGCACGUGAUCGCUGGCUGAAGCCAACUGGGGUUAUGUAUCCCAGCCAUGCGCGCAUGUGGUUGGCACCAAUCAGAUCUGGACUGGGAGAUCAAAAAAAGGGAGACUAUGAAGGAGCCAUGGACGAUUGGAUCUGUUUUUUGGGUGAGACAAAAACUUAUUAUGGUGUUGAUAUGAGUGUUCUAACAAAGCCUUACUCUGAAGAGCAGAAAAAGUACUAUUUACAGACAUCACUGUGGAACAACCUUCAUCCAAAGCAAGUUUUAGGAAGGCCUGCCAUUGUAAAAGAAAUUGAUUGUUCAACAGCAACAGUAGAUGACAUCCUUAACAUCAGAGCAAGCGUUUCAUCAUCAAUCACUGCAGAGCAAACAAGGCUUUGCGGAUUUGGCGGGUGGUUUGAUGUCCAUUUCCGAGGAAGUAAGGAGAAUCCAGCACAACAUGAAAUCGAGUUGACCACUGCUCCUAGUGAAGACUACUGCACGCACUGGGGCCAGCAGGUAUUUCUCUUGCAUCCUUCAGUACCAGUUAGUGAAGGUGAUGAUUUAACUCUUGAUUUUUCGAUGAAUCGAUCCAAAGAAAACCAUCGGUUGAUGGAGGUUGAACUAAGUUGUGAGAUCAAAAAUUCUUCUGGCAAGAUGCUUCCACCUUUCAGAAAGAUGUUUUACAUAGAGUGACGAAGAAAAUUGAUUUCAUUACCGUUUUACUGUGCCUGCAUGAAAGGGACAUAGAAACGGUAAGCUUCGGUGGUUACUGCAUCCUCAGGUUUUCCUAUCUACGAGUGCCUGUGUCAAAUUUUGAGCUGUUUUGUCUUCUAAGUUACUGAUGUUGUAUCAUUUUUUAUUUUCUUUUAUUUAAAUUCUGCCGAAAACAAAACGUUAUCUUUCUUAAUUUAUUACAAACUUUGAUUCCACAA